AUGUGCUCAAGCAACAUGGAAAGGCAUAAUCUCACACAUGUCUCAAAAUUCUACCUCAUGGGCUUCUCAGAGGAUCCAGACCUUCAGCCCAUUCUCUUUGGACUCUUCCUGUCCAUGUACCUGGUCACAGUGCUUGGAAACCUGCUCAUCAUCCUGGCUGUCAUUUCUGACUCCCACCUCCACAUGCCUAUGUACUUCUUCCUCUCCAACCUGUCCUUGGCUGACAUCUGUUUCACCUCCUCUACAGUCCCAAAGAUGAUUGUGGACAUCCUAACUCAUCAUAGAGUCAUCUCCUAUGCAAACUGCCUAACACAGAUGUCUCUUUUUAUCCUAUUUGGAUGUAUGGAUGACAUGCUUCUUACUGUGUUGGCCUAUGACCGCUUUGUAGCCAUCUGCUACCCCUUGCAUUAUGCAAUAAUCAUGAACCCUCAUCGCUGUGUCUUGUUACUUUUACUGUCAGUCUUUGCUAGCCUCUUGGAUUCCCAGGUGCACAAUUUAAUUGCCUUAAAAGUUACAUGUUUCAAAGAUGUGGAAAUUGCUACUUUCUUUUGUGACCCUUCUCAACUUCUUGACCUUUCAUGCUCUGAUAUUUUAAUCAAAAACAUAGUCGCAUAUAUGGUUGGCAUCCUAUUUGGUUUUUUUCCUAUGUCAGGGAUCAUUUUCUCCUAUUAUAAAAUUGUAUCUGUGAUUCUUAAAAUCCCCUCACCUCAGGGGAGUUACAAAGCCUUUUCUACCUGUGGUUCUCACCUGUCAGUUGUUUGCUUAUUUUAUGGAACAGUCCUUGGAACGUAUCUUAGUUCAAGUGCAUCAUAUUCUCCAAGCAAGGGCAUGGUGGCCUCACUGAUGUACACUGUGGUCACCCCUAUGCUGAAUCCCUUCAUCUACAGCCUGAGGAACAGGGAUAUCAGUAGCGCAAUGAAGAGGCUCCACCAUUGGAAAAUCUAA